AUGGCAGUACUGUCGCCUCCAUCAUCGGGAGAAAUUAAAGACAAGAAGCAAACCCAGAUGGACGUGUUAAAGGUAGUGGCUAUCCUUUUAAUUGUGGUUUCAGCCGUUGGGAUUGGAGAUAUCUCUGUUGGGGUUGGGUUUUAUGCAGACCCAAACCAGGAAUUUCUCUUGAAAGUCUACACCAUGGUGAUUCUCACCACCUUUGAAUUGGGGAUGGGACUGCUUUUGAUGUCUGUGGUACUUGUGCAAGUGCCUAUAUCAGUUGUUAUAGCCAAGAAGCUAGCAAUAGUCUUCAGGACUGAAGAUUUUAAGGACCUGAGAGUUCCUCUUCCGGCAGUUGUUCAGGAAUACAUUGAUCACUUGUACUUGAUGUUCAAAGUCUACGUCUUUGGUGAGAAAGUUUUCCAUGCUGUUAAGAAGUCUAUGCCCAAUGCUGAUGUUUUGUUGUCGUCAUCAGAAAAGAACGGAUUCCAACCAAUCAUCUUUGACAGCUUGAAAUCUCUCCCCACUGAUAAUGACAAGGGUCAGCAUUCUGGAAACAAAAAUAAGCAAUCAAUUGAUGUGGAUUUAGUCACUGAUGCUGCUAAUUGGCUGAGAGGCAGGCUCGGUCUCACCAUUUUUGGAUUUGAUGUUGUUGUUCAAGAAGGUAGCCGAGAUCAUGUUAUUGUCGAUGUAAAUUACCUUCCUUCGUUCAAGGAAAUCCAGGACGAUGUUGCCGUACCCGCCUUCUGGGAUGCUAUUAAGAGCUCAUACGAGCUGAGGAAGGAGAAAUAUGACUGA